UUUUUUAUACAUUUUUUGAUGAGGCAUAUUCUUCGUAAUAGAACAAUUUUCCCUUUCCACUUUAUUUAUCAGUCAUUUUCAAAUGCCAAAACAACUUGUGAACCUCUAUUUGCUCGACGAGAAAAUUUUCGAAAAUUUAUUCCACAACCAACUUUACAAAAUGAAUUAAAUCCUUUAUUAACUCCACCUUCCACGGGUGUUAGAAAAUUUGCAACAAUGGUGAUUUUAGUUGAUUUUCCGAAUGGCGGGAAAGAAAAAGCUGGUACUUAUGUUCUAUUGACACACAGAGCGGCAAAGAUGAAGAAACAUGCCAAUGAAAUUUCUGUUCCUGGUGGUGCGGUAGAACCAGGCGAGUCUCUCGAGGAAGCGGCACUGCGUGAAGUGGAAGAGGAAAUUGGAUUGCGAGGGGAAUAUUUGAAAGUUUGGGGCGAAUUACCGCCAAUUCUUUUUCGUAAUUCGAGUGGAGUGACGACUCCUUUUGUUUCUUCCCUGACUGACUGCCCUUCCUCAACUUCCUUGUGUUCUAAACUUAUUCUUCAAGAAGAUGAGGUUCAGGGUGUCUUUUUGGUUUCUCUUUCCGAACUUUUGGAUCAAAGACGUUUUACCUCAUUUAGAAUGAAAGCUCCACUCCGUGGUGGUCUUCCAUUCUUUUAUAAAUUGCCUGUUUUUGUUGUUGAAAAUGUGAUACCUCUUGUUCCCUCUAGCACUGAAGAACGCGCCCCAAAAAGACGAGUAAUUUGGGGAAUUACAGCAAUUACUUUAAAUGAGGCUUUAAAUUGUAUUUUCCCUCAAUAA